UUGGCACCACUGCCGCCGCCGGUAGUCGUCGUUUGUUGGCUUCUUUCAGCUUCAGCGCUUCAGGAAGGAUCAUCAGUUUUGGAGGCUAGGUCAUACAGAUGCAGGCGUUAGCGCAACCGGCUUUCUUGUCGUGACAUCUCGCCUCUCUGCUUUGCACAGCUGAUCCCCACGGACGCGUUGUCAUCAGGUUGUGUGCAUUGCCCCGCGAGACAUGGCGAGGUUCCGGAGACUCUUGGCUGUCGGCUUGGGUGCAGUGGGUGCAAGUGUGUUUUACUGUGUCAACAACAAUGACAACAGCAUCGUUCUUUUGGCCGCUCAAAAGUUUCAAGACGAGUCAUUGCACACACCCAGAUUCCAUGAUCAACCGCUGAAGGCAACCAAAUGGGACUGGAAUUGGGACAAGAGAGAGCCUGCCUUUCUGGUGAAACCUCCGGAAGGAGUGGAAGACACUGAGCGAUUUCAAAGAGACUUAGAAGCCAAAAGACCAACCGCCACUCGACAUCUCUUUCUCAUCAGGCAUGGGCAAUACAACUUGGCUGGGAAAUGUGAUACUGAAAGAGUUCUGACUGACACUGGUAUUAAACAAGCGAAACUGACAGGUGACAGACUUGUUGCGCUAAACUUGCCAUACCAGUCCAUGAUUAGAUCGACAAUGACUCGAGCCCAGCAAACCGGUGACUACAUCUUGACUCGUAUGGUUCCUGGCUCAGUUGCCAUUAAAGAUGAUAAGCUCUUGGAAGAGGGGAAACCAUACCCACCUGAGCCUUCGAGUACAUGGAGGCCAGAUUCAGUUCUUUACCAAAAUGGAUGCCGUAUUGAAGCAGCCUUCCGCAACUACUUCUACAGAGCCGAUUAUCGUCAGAAGGAAGACACCUUUGAUAUAAUUGUGUGUCAUGCCAAUGUCAUCAGAUACUUUGUUUGCAGAGCACUUCAGCUUCCUCCUGAGGCAUGGCUCCGCAUGUCCUUGGACCAUGCUAGCAUUACCUGGGUUAGCAUUCGGCCGAGUGGCUUGGUUGGGCUUCAAUACCUUGGUGACUCAGGCCAUCUUCCUCGAGAACUCGUCACUCAUAACACUUAGCCUCGUGAUAAUAUAUUUAGAAUACAAUUAUUUGAUCAAGAUUUUUGAAAUGUGUUCAAAAUACCAGUGCAUACCACUUAACAUUGUGAUACAUGUAAAUGAGUCAGAACUGUGUCAGCUGAUGUUUUUUUCUUUUUUUUUUCUUUUUUAGAUUUUUUUUGUAUUUGUUUGUUUUUGUUUUCUUGUUUAAGUUUUUUUUUCUAGUAGUUUUGUUAUGUAACUUCUGUUUUCACUUCAUCCUCGAAGAAUGAUGUUGUUAAUUCCAUUAUACUAGGUGUUUUUUUAUAAGUUCUCCAUUUAUGUAUCGCAGGAUCAAAAUUUUUGUAUUUUUCUAUCGUGUAAUGUUGGAGAUGGUUUUAUUGGCCUUUUCUGAUAUUUGUUGAUCAAGUGGUUGAAAAUGUUUUUGAUUUCAUUUUUAUUGAAGUGUAAAGUUCAGAAAUUUAUUGUCUUGUUUGUCUUAGAGUUACUGUUUUAUAAUAAAUUUUGGCAAACAUCCAGUAA